AUGUACCAGAAGGCGCUGUAUAUGUUAAAUAAAAUUGACAAAAAUGCAGCGGCCGGUACGGUACAUGAGCGUGACGAGGAAGACAAGGCAAAAUACAUGCAAAUAGUGGAAGAGUACGAAAAGUUACAGACAGAUCGUGCAGCCACAAUCGAGGCCACCGAAGCAAAGAAACGGAACCGCUUUCAUAAUGAAGGCGGCCAAGGGGCCAUUACAAAGAAGGCUAAGCAAGGAGGUGAUGCGGAGUCCGCAGCACCCGCGAAGCAUCGCUAUUUUAGUGACGUCGCCAGAGAUCACCUACAGGCGGCGAUAAUAGAUGAAAAUAGCAAGACACCGCUGGCAGUGCAACAAAAAUGGGUGGAGAUUGAUGUGAGGCUGUCGAGCCUCGUAAUGAACUACGUACUCGACAACCCCGAAGGUCCUCACCCAGAGUUCGACUCGUCGGAACCCCUACGGGGAUACCGGGUAGUCAAGUGCGCGAGCCAGUUCUCCCUGGAUUUCCUUGCUGGAUGCGUCGCUAAGAUCAGCGACACUUUUGUCGGCUUGAAGCUCAAGCUGAUCCCAGCUAAGGACAUUCCAAGGAGACCACGUGCGCGCAUUUGGCUGCCUCCGAUGGAUGAACCAGGCGAAAAGUUGCUGCGGUGUCUUAAGCUGCAUAAUAAAGACAUACCGGCGAUGGAGGAAUGGGAGCUUAUAAAGGUUGAAGAGCCAAGAAGGCCUACAAAUAAGCCCAUUCUGCUAGCUAUUUGCGCAGAAUCACUAGACGCCUUAGAGAAGGCUGACUAUCGGCUCGGCUUCGGUAUCCGUAAGGCUAGAGUGCGGGUAUUCCUCGGAGAGGUUAGCCCGGUAGAAGAAGAUCCCGGGGUUGAUGGAGCUGGUGAGCUUCUCAUGGGUGUGAAGCUGACAGAUGACCCUGAACCAGAAACUUAA